AAAAAAGCGGAGAGUAUGAAACAAUUUCUCGUUCGAAUCUCAAACCCGGCGGCUGUGAUCUAACGUUACUGUUCCGAUCCAUUGAACAUAAGGAAUAUACGGAGGCUAUUUAUCUACCGCAUCUCUUCUCACUAUUUACAGAGAUCACCAUCGAGAGGCCCAUCUCUUCCAGCCAGUGAAGAAGCUAUCGCAAAGGUGUGUACUUGCGAGACUGGUUCAGCAAGAAUCUUAGACGGGGGGAGCAGUUUUGCUCCGAAAUCGUUUAUCUUUUUUUAAAAAAUAUCGUUUGGACAGUAAUCAGCCAGAAUAAGAGAAGAUGGGAAAGUGUUAUUCGUGUUUUCGCGCCAAGUUUACGCCCAGUUCUCAGGAUGGUAAAACUGGAGGUCUGCCCCUAGUGCCUACGAGGAAACCUAGCAAGCCUGAUGUACCUGGAGAUCUGCCCCGCCCGCCCAGUGUGGACAGCAACAUUUCGCCGGACAAGCAAAAUGAUGACGACGUUUUGGUUGUUCAAGGCAUCGAUCUCCACUUGGAUGAGAACGUCGCAGCGCACUAUACCGGCGACUAUGACAUCGUGCAAGCUGAGAAACCUUGCCUUGUCCUGCGAAGGGGCUUUCCUUUCAAGUUGGGAAUCAACUUCAAUCGAAGCUAUGACAAAGAAAAGGAUGUGGUUUGCCUGGUGUUUACUGCCAAAGAUGCUGCGAAUCCAUCCUAUUCUCAAGGUUCGAUGAUUUUCUGCCCCAUUAUGCCAAGUGAUAAUGCGGUGCUGCCAUCUGACGCAUGGCAAGCGAAGCUUUUGUCCAGAACUGAAGAGAACACAAUUUUAGUUGAAGUUACUACUACACCUAAUUGCAUUGUGGGUGAUUGGAUCUUGGAAGUGGACACUAAAUUGAAGGAGGAAAAAGAAGGACAAUCCAAGAGUCUGAGAUACACAGCAAAACAACCUGUUUACAUUCUAUUUAAUCCUUGGUGCAAACAGGAUACAGUGUACAUGAGCGAAUAUGAACAUCGCAAAGAGUACGUGUUGAAUGAAGGCGGAUUAAUCUGGAGAGGUACAAAUAAUCGCUUGCGGCCAUGCGUCUGGAAUUAUGGUCAGUUUGAAGAAGACGUGAUGCAGUGUGCUGUUUACCUUCUCGGACACAUUGCCAAGCUCUCUAUUGUGGCCAGAGCAGAUCCGGUCAAAGUUGUCAGACACAUAUCAGCUGUGGUAAACUCCCCUGAUGAUAAUGGUGUGUUGGUUGGCAAUUGGUCAGCUGACUACGGUGGUGGUCAGCCUCCCACCCACUGGACUGGCAGUGUAGCAAUCUUGCAACAGUAUUAUAAAACAAAAAAACCAGUGAAGUUUGGACAGUGCUGGGUGUUUUCUGGUGUCGUUACUACUGUUUGCAGAGCUUUGGGUAUUCCAUGCAGAUCUGUCACAAACUUUGCAUCUGCUCACGACACACACAACAGUCUCACAAUCGAUUAUUUCUACGAUGAAGAAGGGGAACCUCUGGACAAGUUGAACAUCGAUUCGGUUUGGAACUUCCAUGUUUGGAAUGAAGUAUGGAUGGAACGACCUGAUUUGGAACCUGGUGGCUAUUCUGGAUGGCAAGCAAUUGAUGCUACACCCCAAGAAGAAUCUGAUGGUCUCUACCGAUGCGGACCCUGCAGCGUUGCUGCCAUCAAAAGAGGAGAAAUUCAGAAGAAUUAUGACGGUCCUUUUGUUUUUGCCGAAGUGAACGCUGAUAAAGUCUACUGGAGAUUCCGAGGGAAAAACCAGCCUCUGAAGCUCAUUAACAGGAAGACUGAAGCUAUUGGCCAGUUUAUUAGUACUAAAGCUAUUGGAGCUUAUGAAAGAGAAGACAUCACAACUGAAUACAAAUACAGUGAAAAUAGCAAAGAAGAACGAGAAGUCAUGCUUCGAGCUCUUCGCCAGUGUGGAAACGUCUUCUCAAGGUAUUAUUUGAACGACGAGUUUGAGGAUGUGUCUUUUGACUUCCAACUGCUGGAUGACAUUGUUAUUGGACAGCCAUUUAAUGUUAAACUGACAAUGAAGAACAAAGGCUUGGAAAAGAAGACUUACACGGUGAAAGGAGUGCUAGCCGUACACACUGUACUUUACACGGGUCAACUGAAGAAUGCCGUAAAGAAAGAAAGAUUUGAAGUCAAUAUUGGAGAGGGAGCAGAGAAAGAAGUCAUCAUGAAUGUGUCUUACGACGAAUACGAGAAAUUGCUGGUUGACCAAGCAGCUUUCAACAUGAUCGCCAUGGCCAAUGUCGAGGAAACUGGAUUCGAUUACUUCGCCCAAGAUGAUUUCAGAGUCAGGAAGCCCGACAUCAAAUUCGAAAUUGAAGGAGACUUAGUGCAAGGAGAAGAAUUCAAGGUCACUGCACAGUUCAAGAAUCCUUUACCAAGGCCUCUAAGAAAGGGUUACUUUGUUAUUGAAGGACCUGGAUUGGGACAACCUCUCAAAUUAAGAUUGAAAGAGGACGUUGCCCCUGAUGCCAUGGCUAAAGUUUCAUGUAGCAUCCGCCCCAAGACUUCUGGGGAAAAGAAUAUCGCUGCUAAGUUUGCAUCUCGAGAACUUGAUGACGUUGAUGGCUACGUCGUCAUCGACGUGAAACCCAAGAUAGUCGUUACCGAACCGGAGAACAACAAGCCUUCCGACAACGAGAUUCCUUUGUAUCCCACUGUUGACGGAAACUAAGCGAACUUUCACUUGCCGUCCGAAACAGCUGUACAAAACUGCAACUAACUGCAAUCUGAAACAGCUGUACAGACUGCAACUAAUUGCAACGAAUUAAACUGACUGAGUGAAUCUCAUUGAGACUGUGAUUGAACUCCACUGCCUUCCGCUGUUUCGAAUUUUGAAAACAUAUUUUUAUAUGCUGAAAGUGAAUUCACCGAAGUGCCUUAUUAUCACAGUGACACAAGUGAAUACAGAUUACUAUUUGCUUUCUCAACUGUGAAAUACCAUGACAAAGAAAUUGCAUUUUAUUUUAAGAUGUAGAUUCUGAUCGCUUUCUGUCCGUGCCUAUGUUAUAAUCACUGCGUGUUUUUGUAAAGGUUUGAGGGAUAGGAUCUACUUUGUCAAGCAAUAAUAAUCACCAUAUAACAUUUGGUGGUAUUUCUUGCAGUGCUGCUCAAGUCUUUUGAGUUUUUAAAACCGUAUUAUAUAAAAUAAAAUUUUUAUAAACUAAUGUGUUGUAAAAUGAUUGUGAAUUUAAAAAAAAAAUAUAAUUAUUUUCUAAGUUAAAGUUGUUUUAGUUUUAUUAUAGUAUUACAUAUUUUAAUAGGUUACAAGAAACAAUAUUUUAUCGUUAACGACUGGUUGCCAAGACCCAAAACACAUUCUGGGUAACUUUUUAUCUUAAAAAUAUUUUUUAAAGAUAAACAUAAAUCUAUUAAAAUUUUUUUGUUCCCCAAACAAAAAUAUUAUACUUUAAACUUCUUAUAAUUCACUUUUAUUUGAUAAUAAUAUAUUUUUGUUAAGAUGAAAAUUUUAUCAUUGAAUAUGAAAAUAUCUUAUGAAAUUACUCUCAAAUACAAUAUAAAUAUUCAAUAAUUUUUUUUGUGUAAAAAAUGACGUCUAUGCAAAUUUAUUUUUAUAAUAAACAAUGAUAUGUUUAUUAAGCAAUUAAAAUUAACAUUUUAUAAACGAUCUUAAUAUAAUUCGAACAAUUAAGCUUAGAAAUUUAUACCAAUCUCGAUUAAAAACAUUAGUAAUAAACAAAUUAUUGAUCCAUUCGAAAUUCUGUCUCAAAUGUGAAAAUUAUAUGUAAGUAUUAUUGGCUAAAUGUAAUGAAUUAGUUUGUUAAAAAAAUCGGGCAAAAAUUCUAUAUCGUAAUUAGAAAAACAUUAGAAAUAAUUUUUGAUCUAAAGAUAUGUGAACUAAACAGAAUAAUUUAUAUCUUGGGAACUAUUAGAAAGAAUCUUCAAAAUUGGGAACACUCUUUAAAGUUAUAAUAUUAAUUUAUUUAUAUUUCAUUAAAAUUUUUCUAAUUAAAAGAAGUUUAAAAAAUAAAAAUUAUUAAUUCCAUGUAUUAAUUGUUACAAUAGUUACUUUGUAUUAUAAUCUUUGCUAAUUAUAUUGUAUGAGCAUCAAAUAAAUAGUGCAUAUUUUUAAUAUGAAUGAGACUGAUGUAUUAUAAUUUGUAGCAAUCUCAGUAUAUUAUGUCUUAUUAAAUGAUUUUUUUGAAACAUGUAAUUUAACAAAUUUAUUGAAUGUAAAAUUAUUGUAUUGCAUUUAUUUUUAUUUAAUUCUACUAUAAUCUUGAUUUAACUAUAUUAUAUGUGAAAAAAAGUCCUAUUGUGUUUGUUUUGAUCAAAAUGUUAGAGCAGCUUGUGCUACAUUUUUACUAUGUAGAUUUUAGAAUGUAAAAUAUUUUAAUAUGUAUACAUUUUUUUUAUUUUUUUUUUACAAUUGGUGCUUCCCUUUUAUAUGAUAGAUACUGAAGAAUAUAUCAUCAUUGUUUGUUAUGCAUUGUAUAUAAUGGCUUUUAAAUGGCUUUUUUCAUAGUAGUGUUAGUUUUGGAGACACUUUUGCUGGCGAGUCGGUGGUUGGUUAUCAGAGAAAUAAAUAUUCUGUCAGCAUUUCAACUUGUCAGCGAAAUUUUUAUAAACUUUGAUAGAUAUAUUAUUUUUAAUACUUGCUGCUCUAUUUUAAAAAUAUGUUUGUAUUUCGAUCCUGACUUUCCAUAUUUGGAUAGUAUAAUAUUUUCUCCCAAAUUUUCGAACAAUUUUAAUGUUCUAAGCGAAGUUAUAUUAAUAAACGUAUUUUAAAAAAUAUAUAAUAUUUCUAAUAAAUUUUGAGAAAAUAAUAAUCGUUUUUACUUGGAAAUCACUACUGGCUAUACAAAAUGGGCCUUCUUUUAUCCAAUAUAUGAUGCAGUAUAUCCUAAUUUAUAAAUUAAUACAUCGAGCAUAUUCUGCUUGUGGGAAUCGGUGGUCAGUGCCUUUUUUUAAACCCUAAAAUGUUGCUAGAUUUUGUAUUUUAAAACAUAUUUAAGUAAUAAAUGUUAAGAAAAAAUAUAUUUCUCAAAAUGUAACUACUAUUUUUUCAUAUAUGUUUCAGCUUUGUAGUUUGUAAAUCAUUUUUGUAUGUCUACGUUAUUUCAUAUAAAUGUUUAUACAAAAAGAA